UAUCGUUCGCUGUGCACUUGCUAGCAGCGUACGUUUUUAAAAUACCGUGAAUAUAUCUAAAGAAUUCCGUUCAUGCAGUGAGUGUGCGGUUAAAAUGUUUCUAAUCAGGUGGUCGCGUGUAAAACUCGUGUCUUAAAACGACUGAUUCCUCGAGUUUUUCAAAUUAAGAAUGUCUUAUUUGGAUUUGGGACGCAUUUUAGGGUAUAAAGCAUAUCUAGUACAUCUUAUCAUCAACGAUUGGUUAGAUACGCAAUUAUUUGUUUCGCUUGGUUCUAACUGUUUCGGACGAAUCCUAUGGGGCAAUGCACUUCGCGUAAGGCGGCUGGCGCCUUUGCAGCAUCCGCGGCAGUGUCACACAAACGACCUAAGAAAAUGCACAAAAUUAAGGACCAACAGAGUCCGGAUGAUGACAAUAACAAACGAUCUCCUAUCACAUCGGAUGAAGACCGACAUCUUCUAACAACCAACGGCAAUAAAAAAGUAAAUCCAGGAUGCACGAAGGGUGUGGCGAUGUCGUUUGGCUUCAAACGACGUGUUGGAGCGCCGUCGAUAGCCUCAAACGCGUCCGCAGCAAGGCGUUUGGCAAAUUCUGGUGCAAUUGAAAAUACAGAUAGAAAUGGAAACGAAGAGAGUGAAGCUGAGCCUUUGACAAGUAAUAUAGCUUCGACAGGACGAAGUACCCCUAGACUGGCACCGCCAAAGAAGGAAGCUAACGCGAGCACCAGAGUAUCGAGAUUCGGUUUCCGCCAGAAUCCGACCGAUCGUUUGAACAAAGUGGCGGAUCUAAACUCGGCACGUCGACCUGUUGAGUUUGGCGUGACAACAGUAAAAAAUGUCCCGGUCUCCAGUCGUCUCGUGUCUCCCACAGGAGACAGUGUUCAAUUUAAUGGCAGCAAACGCGUGGCAGCCGUGCAAGCGAGAAAUGGGAGUAUCGUCGGUGCCGUAACGGGUGGUGGAAAAGUGAUGGACAAUAAUAGAAAUGUAGAGAAGAGAAUACCGACAGGAUCGGCUCAACCGAAUCAGACCGGCAGAUUUACAUUUCAAACGAAUCAGUUGCCACGACCCGAAUCUAUAAAAGUCAUAGAAUCGAAAACGGCGAAAACAUUGGCCAAUAACCAUCGGAGAUUUGCUGGAAUGUAUCAGCAACACCACCAGGAAGAGACGGCAUCCAAAGACGGUUCACUGACUGAAGAUUCCGGCGUCGGUAGUCAUUUUAGCGGAUACUUGGGUGAGAACGAUGGUGCGCAGGAAAUCGAAAGGCUAAAUGAGUCACCGACGUUUGGGGCACGAUGGAGGAGUCACCAGAAACCAAGAAACCUAGAAGUAGUCACCACCAGCAAAAACACCUUUGAUGUGAGAGACAUGAACGAUUCCAACGACUCCAUAGAAAGUUGUGCUCCACCACCCUUGCCGCAGUUGCCAAGCGCAUUUAACGCAUCUAAGAAUAACGCCCAACACGCAUUGGGACUAGUACGUGAGAGAACAAUUGAGUAUCAGCGUCAUAUAGAUUGGGAAAAUAGAGGAAGGAAAAUUUCGGCGACGUCUUCGGAAGGAUUUAGCGACGAUUAUGGAGAGGAAGAAAAGACGUUUAGAGACAAAUUUAAAAGUGAAAAAUGCUUUAUCAAAACAAUUCCACACAAAACAUUCCUCAAAUCAAGAGCUAAUGAAAUCAAAGAAGCAGCUGAUUCCAGUCCGCCAAGUUCAGACGAACAAGAUUGGGUUCACGGUGGAGAAGCAAUGGCCGACGACAUAAGUUUCACCAUGAGCUCCAGUGAUGAAAGCAAGGAUAAACGAGACGAUGACAGCGAUAACAAUUCCAUCCCUGCAUCGACUGCAGUGAUUGAAACGGUUCUGCAGACGUUAGGAACAACGUCUUCGUCGUUCUGCUUCACUCAAGCAACUAGAGACCUAAAGAGUGUGUUUCUUACUUUUGAAGAUCCCAAUUUCGCCGCAGUAGCUGCAUCUAGCACGACGGGUUCUUUAUUAGACGACGAAAUACUCUCCCCCGUUGAAAGUUUGCUUAGCUGUUCAGACACAGAGGAGUUGGUAAAAAAGAAGUUAAUUCAUUCAUCGUCUAACUCCAAAGAUGUCAACGAGAACCUUACCCCCACGUCACCUGCUGGGACUCCUACGAACGCAACUAACUCUCUUUCAUUAUCAGAUGGUAAAGACGAUUUUCUUAUUGAUGAUGAGAUCGCCGACCAACCUGCGUUGGUGUUUGAGGAUACAAUUACCAAUGACAACAAUUUCAGCACUUCGCAAAAUAACUCGGAAAAUACCCCAACAAUUAAGGAUGCAACUCCGAAGCCAAGAAGAAAGGUUUCUGGAUCAAUUGAAGGAAGUCCUUUAAACAUCAAAAGCAGAAAAUUCCUUCAGAGUAGAACAGGAAGUUUGGAUACCUUGUCCCCAUGCGAAAGUAUUGCCAGUGAUGAUUUGAUGAUGGACUAUGAUGUCAGCCAAAGUAUUAGUCAAAGUAGUGGACUGGAUGAUUGUGAUAGGCAUAGUUAUGGAUUUCCAUCACUUCAGGAACCACCAGUAUUUAAAGAAGCCGAACACUGUCGGACCGCGAAAGACUGGAUAGUUAAUAAUGACCGAUCAACAAAAAGCACAAACUCAAGAGCACGCCUUCUUUCCCGAUCACGAACCGGAACGCCUAAUUCGGUACCAGAUUCACCCCGUUCGCUGGACAGUCGAAUUAAUUUGCGUCAUACCCAACGUCCUUCCUCUACAAGUAGUCCAAUAAGAUCGCGCUUUUCUCAUUUGCCUAACCAAUCUGAAGGUCUAGACUCAGACAAUGACAGUAUAAGGCUUGACAGAACUAACCAUACUGCCAUCAAGCAGGACAUUGUAGGCAUAAAAACCAUGCUGUUGAAAUUGAGAAGGGUCCUAAACGAGCAGAUAGAAGAAGAUUUAUUGUUGAGGUCGGAUACUCACAACCCAUUCGAGAACCAGGUUCUAGCGAAUGGGCUCUUCAACACUAUCUACCCGACGGAGCAGCCAAAUGCACAAAACGAGGACAACAUGCAAGAAGCUAGAUUGGAAUUGGCGGACCUAAGACGACAAGUCAUCUUUCUUCAGGGCCAACUAGAAGAUAAGGAAAAAGCGGUACAGCAUCUGCAGGAACAAGUGGUGCAGCUCGUAGAUCAAAAUUAUCAAUCCAACUCCGCACCAGCUUCUACUAUCACAUCGGACAGUCUAAGAUGUAACGCCGCAACACAAACAGACCGGAUUCGCCCUAUAUCUGCCGGUCCAUCUCUACUAAAUGGUUCUUCCGUUGACGGAUCGCCGGGUUCGUUAGUCAGUGCGAAUGAAUCGUCUCAGAGCAAGCGGCAUAAUCGCAUCGCGCAGAACAGCUCACGUUCACCUACAAAAAGGUCACCAAGGUUAUGGUGUCGACCUGAUGAAUCACCAUCACCACAGCGCUACGCUUCAUCAAUUCCGAGAAGAGCGACUAGUCGUAGUAGAACACCGGCUUCCAUAUCAUCGUAAUUUGGGAAACCUAUUUCUUGGAGUAUGUCUUCUAUGUUUUUCGGAUUUUUAUUGGGCAAUUUAACUGCCGCAUGUUUUAAAAACGAAAGCGGUAUUUGGCCAAUUAUAGGAAAUCGGUAGCGGUCAUAGAGUGCCUAACAACAUUGCGUAAAUAACUUGCACUAUAAUUUCGAAAACCAUAUGAGGGCUACGCGUCUGGAUACACGACUUAUUACACAUUCCUUCUCUAUUUUAUUAUCGAUUUUAACAGGCCACCAACACUAAAAAAAAUUAUGCACUCAUUAUAUUUUUCCUUGAGGUUUACAGUAGCUGCGUGUAGUAUUUGAAUAGUUGCAUGCAUCAUGCGAUGUGGUUCACUGCUUUUCAGUUAAGUUAAUACCACAUCAGUGAUGGACCACUUUGGAUAAUGUCGAGAGUCCAUUUAAAUAAAUGUCUAGUAUUAAUCGACCUCUUCAAACACUUUAAAAUCAUAUCGAAACUUACAGGGUUAGGGUCAGUCAGUCAGUCAGGUCAAUAUUAAGCAAUGAUCUAGGAGGCGACACUCUGCCAUAAGAAAAACUUGAUCUAUAUAUUAUAUAUAAGAUCUAGGUACCGAUUUAUAUUGGUCGUAUCGCUAACUAAAUUUGGCCGUACAUUCCAUCGUUACGCGUACUUGCCCAAUAGAAAUUUAUGUAACUCGCUGGUAAUGUUCCAAAAUAUUUUUGUAUAUUAAGAGUAAGGUAACUUUUUGACUGUGAUUUUAUUUAAUAGUAAAGUUUCUUUUUUUAAACUAAUAGGCGAACAUAGCCAACUAGCUACGAUAAUAUUGAAUUAAAAUUAUAAAAUUAAAUUAAAAAAGUUAUUACUGGUAUGCAAAACUUGCCUCCAAAAUUAUAGCAAAAUUUUAUUCUAUUUAUUUCUGAGAUAAAUUUCACGUAUUUCCGAAAACUCGGCUUACGUUUUUUCGUAACUUUUGUAUAUUUUGAACGUAUUUAUUUGUUCAAUGUAGAAUUCCAUUUUUUUUACAUUAUGAAAGCUUAUCGUCAGUCCGUAAGUAUUAAUAAUGUAAUAACUUAGAAAUAUAGCCGUAAUAAAUGAUUCAUUCUAA